AUGUCGUGGCCUGUAGGGUUAGAGGAUGAAGUUACAUGGCAUGAUAAAUGGAAGAUUUCCAAUGGAAUUGAUCAAUCCCUUGUUUCGGUGGAGCAAAGUUUGAUUAUGAUUACUGAAAUUUAUAAAUGGAAGAUCUACUAUUUUUCAAGCUGCCCAAACCUCCAACAGGAUGUAGGAAUUGGGACAAUCAAUGUGGCCAAAUCAAUUUGUCAGUAA